CGGUGGACGCUCCCGCGGGCGGGAAAGUGCGGGGUGGGGAAGGGCGGCGCUGAGGGGCCGAGCGGCCCAGCCGCCCUCCCGGUGCCCGCAGGCAGCGCGGAGCCGUCUCUGGUGUCCUGGUCAUCGCUUGUGACAGACUCGGAUCCCACUCGGGACGCAGGGUUUAUGUUGCCUUACAGCAGCUGAAUUUAAAGUUGCAGCACGUAGAAAUUUAUUCCUGUGGUCCAGGACACAGUAACGUGGGUGAUGUACUGCGUGCAGUUAAAACCUUGCCCUGCCUGAAGAGUUACUCGUGUCCUUGGGGAUUUUUUUGUGAUAGUCCUGCGCUAUAGAAACAGUCAUUUACUUUUAUAGUAUUCCUCUGAGUGAGGUAAAGGCGUUUUAAUGUCCAUAUGAGAAACUGAGGCAUGUGUAUUUAAAUUUUGGGCUUGCCAAAUAAUUUUAGGUGCAAAAUGAGAAGUAUAAGUUCAGAGAUCUGACCAUAGAAGAACUAAAGAAUGUUAACAAGACGUACCCAAACUUCACAUUCUCCAUGAACACAUACACCUUCAAGGACGGAUCCCAGAAGGAACUCCUGAAUUUUAGUGGUACUGUUCCAGUGAAAUAUGGUAAUUCCUAUAACAUACCUAUUCGUCUGUGGAUUCUGGAUUCUCAUCCCUUUGCUCCGCCCAUUUGUUUCUUGAAGCCAACAGCGAACAUGGGCAUUUCAGUGGGAAAGCAUGUCGAUGCUCAUGGCAGGAUUUAUUUGCCCUACCUGCAGAACUGGAGCCAUCCUAAAUCAACUGUCAUUGGAUUAAUCAAGGAAAUGAUUGCAAAAUUUGAGGAAGAGCUCCCUCUAUAUUCGUUAUCAUCUUCUGAUGCAGCCAGGCAAUCAGAACUUCUCUCCUACAUUGCAAAGAUUACUGAAGGAGAGACUGGCAUGAAAUCAAAGAGUAAAAUUGGUGGAGACAAAAACCAAGGAUGUUUUAACAAAAUUACUGUUGUUGGAGCUGGAGAUCUUGGCAUUGCAUGUGUACUAGCAAUUGCAGCAAAGGGUGCUGCAGACAAGGUGGUUCUUUUGGACCUUUCUGAAGGUUCAGCAAAAGGAGGGGCCAUGGACUUGGAGAUCUUUACUCUGCCAAAUGUGGAGAUCAGCAAAGAUUUUUCUGCUUCAGCUGAUUCGAAAGUUGUGGUACUUACAGUUAAUUCUCUGGGUAAUGCUCAGACUUAUCUUGAUGUUGUACAAAGCAAUGUGGAUUUGUUCAGAGGAGUUAUCCCAGCAAUAUCACACUACAGUCAAAACACUGUUCUUCUUGUUGCUUCUCAUCCAGUUGAAGUAAUGACAUAUGUGUCAUGGAAGCUGAGUGCAUUUCCCAAAAGCAGAGUUAUUGGAGUAGGUGCCAACCUAGAUACUGAGAGAUUUCAGUUUAUACUGACAAACCUUUUGAAAGAAGAGGUGCUGGCAAAAGAUGCUUGGAUUAUUGGUGAACAAGGGGAAGACAAAGUACCAUCAUGGACCACUGGCAAUUCAGUUGCAAAUCAAACAGAAGCAAUGGCUGCUCGUAACUCAAGAGACAAAGUGGCUAACAGAGCUAUGGAAGUUCUAAAGGGAAAAGGUCAGAGAUCUUGGUCUGUUGGGCUCUCAGUUGCUGAUUUGACGGACAGUAUACUGAAAGAUAAAAGAAAGGUUCAUUCUGUAUCCACUCUGGCAAAGGGAUGUUGUAAUAUAAACAGUGAAGUAUUCUUAAGUCUACCGUGUAUUCUUGGAAGCAGCGGAGUGAUUGAAAUGGUCAAACUAGAAGAAGAUCCACUAGUGCGAGAGAAACUGCAGAGCAGUGCAGGAUCAAUCCAUGACCUUCAGCAGCAACUGAAACUGUAAGCGAGCACAAGGGAAGCCACAGCCUGCUCACAGUGUCAGAGACUGGCUAGGUGGAAAGGGUUGCUUGAUAUAUAUGGAUUUCUGUGUAGAACAAGAAGCUUAUUUGCUUUAUUCUCAAAAAGUGCUUUCUCAGUUUUGGUUUACAUCCUUUAAUACUGCACUACACAGUAAUUUCUUAUUUGAAAAGUGCACUUUUGGUAGCCAAAAUGAGUAGGGUAACGUGCAAGAACAUUUUACCUAAAUUCAGGUGACUUGUGCCUGUGGGUUUUUGGUUGCUAAUUAUAGCCUGAUUCUUGGGUUAUUCUUAGCACUUUGUACCUCAUUAGGACAGAGUCUAGGAGACCAGCUUACUCAGCUCUGUGGAAACUCCAGUGUGCAGAGCCAACAAGAACUCCUGGUUUUCAAGUGCCGCAUCAGGGGCUUGUCUAGAAUACGGUCACGCUCCAGCUCCUCAGGGCACCAAGGGAGGCAGUUUGAUCUUUCAUACCUAUCACACAUGCCCUUAUGUCAAUGGACUCCUGCUUAUUACUAAGGGGAAAAAAAAGCUCAAAGUGUGACAUUAGCAGUAUCCUUCAAACCUGAAGUAUUGGAUAUGAAUUGCUGCUUCAUGUUUACUGAUGUCUGGUCAUGACUUCUUCAGUCUUAUUUUGUAAAGGCAAGGUGCUGGCUGAAGCAUCUGCAUUUCUCAGUACAUAUAUGCAACAUUCCUACCCUGUGCAGCAUCACAACAGGUGUCCUUCCUGAAAGGGAAGAGCACGAGGUGGGCUUCAAAUAGAGAAUGAAAUCUGACAGUUAAGUAAUGCAGAAAUACCUGUGAGUUCAGGCCUCGAUGCAAAGCUGGCUGAUGUCGGUAAGCUUUACAUCAGCCUGCGGAGAACGCAGCUACGUGGAAGGCAACAGAACCUGUAACCCUCCUCAGGGGAGGCCAGGGAUGUGGUGAAAAAGCAGGAUGCGAAUUUUUAGAUAAAUCAAAACCCAGAUGUUUUUAAGGCAAAAGUGUUUUGGGGGCUUCCAAGCUCUUGGUGCACAGCAAUGGUAAACACUCCAUUCAUCCCAAUUAUACCUCAGCAUCACGAUGCAGACGGAGGAGACGUGGGCUCCACUCCUGCUAUGUGCGGCGUAAGAACGGCAUUCCACGUUUACAUUUUGAGGUGUGACUGGUUAAAUAUCGAUGACGCUUUCUGAGGAAAUUAGGAUAUGUGGCAGAGUGGAAGAUCUGUUCCUUUGUGCCUUCUGGUUAUAUCUCACAAAGAGCCAGACUUAAAAGGAAUUCUGAGUUUAUAUUGAUCUCAGAAUUAAGAUAGAAACAGAAGGAAAGCAAGCCUUUAGUAAUCUGUUGCUUUUUUCAUGGACUACUCAAAUGUCCUUCUUUGUGUUUGUCAGUGAUAGGACAAAAUUAGUGAUGGCUGCAGGUGACUUUUUUACUGUAUUAAAAAAGUACACCCAACACUAUGGCUGGAUUUUGGGGUGCCUUUUUCUUACUUUGGAAAAAAAACAGCAUAAAUUAAUGGUUUUCUGUUGUUUUGCAAGGUGAUGUAUUUGAUCUGUUGAGCAUUCUCAUGGGAAUAGUCCAGGUGUUUUGUUUGUUUAUUUAGGGGUUUUUAUUAAUAGCUUUUAAAAGCUGCAAAGUCUUCCGGGGAUGCCUUUUAGAUUGAUGCUUGUUUUAAAAUAACUCAGCUAUUUAGAAAAAAUGUCACUCGUUUGUGUUGUAUUCCUUGAAAAAUAACCAAAGGACACCAGCUUGAUCAGUGUGGUGGGAAUUCGCACUUUACAUUCUCAUGGGAAAUUAAUUCCCGAAACUAUGUAUUAACAAUAAACUGCACUACAAAGCA